AAAUUUCACUUGCAGGGGCCUAAAACCCUAACCCCCAACUAUCCUCUGUAGAUCCUAAUUCCAUGUCCCCCUUUUUCUUCUUGAUAUAAUCUCAAUCACCAACCUCUCAACCCUCCUCAUGUUUCGCAAAAUCUGCUUCUCUUUCUCCCGCUCUGCUAAUCUCCACUCCUCAUUCUUUCACAUCCAUACCCCCGGCUCCCAAAUCUCUCACAGGCCAAGUUCUCGCCUUUUCACUUGUAACAGAUUCUCUACGUCUUAUACCAAAAUGGGCGAUACUCAUAAACCCAAAUCCACCAUCCCACAACUUGAUAAGGCAACUAAACCCGAAUUGCUCCGUGCCCUGGAAACCUCUUUGGGCUCCUCAUUCAGCAGAGACCCCAUUUGCCCACCACCGAAUCCUUUAGUCAUUGUAAUUAGCGGCCCUAGUGGGGUUGGCAAAGAUGCCGUUAUCAGGAAAUUAAGAGAAGGGCGAGAAAAUCUGCAUUUUGUUGUAACUGCGACUAGUAGGCCAAUGCGGCCGGGCGAGGUUGAUGGUAAGGACUAUUAUUUUGUGUCGAAGGAGGAGUUUUUAUCAAUGGUGGAAAAAAAUGAGCUGUUAGAAUAUGCACUUGUAUACGGUGAUUAUAAAGGGAUACCAAAAAAGCAUAUUAGGGAGUAUAUGGGAAAAGGGUAUGAUAUUGUGUUGAGGGUAGAUAUACAGGGAGCACAGACAUUGAGGAAGAUAUUGGGGAAUUCUGCCGUGUUUAUAUUUCUGGUAGCGGAAAAUGAGUUGGAGCUUGUGGAGAGGCUUAUUGAUAGGAAGACGGAGACAGCAGAGGCGUUGCUUGUGAGGAUUGCCACCGCCAGAGAGGAGGUUCAGCACGCCAAGCAUUUUGAUUAUGUAGUGGUAAAUGGUGAAGGGAAGUUGGAUAAUGCGGUGAAGCUGGUGGAAUCAAUUAUUGAUGCUGAGAAGGCAAAGGAGAAAUGGGGUAAUUGGCCUGAGGCGGGAGCAUUAGCCGGGCUGUUUGCUCAUUAGCAAGUGAUAUAUGUCAUAUGCAGAGACCUAAUUCAAAGUCAAAUUAAUGGAAAUCAUACCACUGCUUGGAAAUCGCUAUAAUGAUAGAGGGGUACUCGAACGAUUUUAUUUACAGUUCUUCCAUUUGGCAACUUUUUCAAAAGAUUUGUCACUUAUACUUCCUGUUCUCUUUCCCCAAAGUUAACAAAUUUGAAUUCAGUGAACUGGAAAUAAAUAAUUAUUUAAGAGGUCAGAUCGGCACUAAAAGCUUGGGGAUCAUUAAAGAGAUCUCAAGCUCAUAUCUUUCUAGGUGAGAAAGGGGUAUUAGCAUUCGAAGGCUUAAUCUGAUUCUGAUGGUGAUUGCGUUAGAGUGAAUUUGGGAGGUUUUAGUUUCAAGGAAGGGACUGGUUCUUGCCAUGCAACUUAUUUAAUAUCUGGAUGUACAAACAGAUAGAUUUUUUCCCCAGGUGUUAAAUUUUUACUAAUUGUGUGUUUAUGAACAAUGUAGUGCUCCAAAGUCAUGGGUGAUUUCCCUAAGUUGAUGUUCUCAUUUGUUUGUUAGACUGGUGGUUGGUGAAAUUUAUGACUUGCACAAAGCACGAGCAUUUUAGCAAUGAUUGCAAUUGUGAGAUACGUCUGGCACAUCGGCACAGCACUGUGGGGAGCCUUUCACAGUAUGUGCGUUUCCAUCACAUGGGACCAAUCAUGUGAUUCGCGGCCAAUUGCACUGGGGUCUCCUAUGUUCCUUUACCCAUGAUUGGGAAUUGCCGAUAGAAGUUGCUGUCUCAGAUUUUCAAUGUUUGAGUUGGUCACCUGCUUCCUUAAGACUCAACAUCUAAAUCCAUAAAGCUAAUUAAACACCUCCAAUGAUUGUUGGAGAGAGGUGGACCAAGAUCUAUAUCAUAAUUCGUGAAAUGAUAAUUGGCAGACUUGGGUUCAAUGGGAACUUUAACUUGACACAAUGAAACUGAUAUUUCUGUAAAACAUUUUUCUGUAAGCAAUAUGACUACCCAGUUGGCAACAUUUCAGCAUUACAUGACUUUGAAUAGCACUGAUGAUAAGAAGAUAGAAGAUGGCAUAGGUCAAGAAAAAUAUCCAUACAGAUUCUUUCCUUAAAAAAAAUCUGAAAACACAUUUAUCUAAGGAUAGAGGAUCUGAAAACUUGUGAUGUUUAGAGUUUUAAGGCAAACGAGAUCAUUGAAUCAGAUUGAAUUAUUUAGAGGGUGAAACGUAGUUGUUGAUUAAGAAAAUCAGAAUUAGGUGUCAGUUGAUGCCCAAUAUUUGAUGGCUUUAUCGAAUGAAAAAAAUACAAAAAACUCCAACUUGUUCCCACGAAGAGGAAGACCUUGAAUGGCUAGUUGGAUGGCAAUGAGAUUUUAAGUCAGCCUCAUCACACACACACACACACACACACACGCAUAUAUACAUAAAUCAGGAACUUCUCCGUUUUACAAUUUAUAGUACCUACGCAUUUGGUUGCAUAUGUCUGGUCUUUCCCAAAAUGGGCUUGUUCUAGAUUUGCCGGACAUUAACAAAGAGGAUGGCAAACAUAAUAAUCAACUCCAUCGAAAAAAGAAGAAAAAAAAAUUAUGUAGAAGGAUUUAGAGUUGCCUAUUGUACAAUAUGGACGUGAAAAAUUACUAUCCAGAAUAAAAAUUUGGGGUUACCUGUGACGGAUGCCCAAUACAGACGUUGGCAGCCAGCACAGGCUGUCGAGUUGAUUGGAACUCGAGGUACAGCCUCUUUGAGAAGCGGCCAAACCCAGACACAUCAGAAACAGAUCAAAUGAAGUCACAUUUUGUAUCCAUCAAGUCUAAUUGUCACCUUGUAAGCAAAAACAAAGUAUAAAUUAUAAUAUCAAUCAAAAGUGGGUAGAAUAACUACAAACCUUUUCUCAAAUCAACAGUACAAAUAAUUUGUAUAAGAUAAAACCAACACAAUCAACUCCAAACAAAUUCUAUGAAACUAUUCUCCUUCCAGAUCUUGUGUAGUUUACGGUACUAAAAUCAUUUUUUGCUAUUUUAAUUACAAAACAAUCAUUAUCAGUGUUAAAA